CAGAUUCCCAACUGGUUUCACUUCAGCUGCUUCUUUAGAAAGAAUAAUGUGAAAACCUUCACAGACAUUGGAGGCUUUGAUUCCCUCCGUUGGGACGACCAGGAAAAGGUUAAGGGAAAAGUAGGAGGUGGAGGAUCCAAGGGGAGUGAAGCUGAUGCUGCUAGUAAUGGGGUGUCAGAUGAUUUGCAGGUGGAAUAUGCCAAGUCAAAGCGAAGCAAAUGCAAAAACUGUAAAGAACAGAUUGACAAGGUGAGGCCAUGUUCUAGUUACAUGUAUUUAAUGUAAUGUAAGUUCCAGUUAUUAGUGGUGGAUACAGGAGGGUCUGAGGAAUUCAGACUAGCUCAAUUGGUUAGAGGGCUGCUCCAGUAUCACAGAGGCCAGGGUUCAAAUCCCAGCAAGCCUGAAUUUUUUCAGGCUUUCUUUUCACAAGUGGGUAAGUUGCAUUUUUAACUGUGGUGAUUUUCCUUUACAUUGAUAACAAAGCUAACGAUAAAAUCCUAUUUACAAUUUAUAAAUUUCACUUUAAAAAACUAUUCAGUCAAAGCCCUAUUUACAAUUCCUUUAGAUAAAAAAACCACUUAAUUUUAAUUGAAAAAAUUCAUUCCAUUAAAAAUAUAUAUAUUCUGAAAAAAAAAAAUUCAAUUAAAAAACGGUUCAUUUCAACUAAACUAAAGUAAUGAGCUCACGCCAUUAUCACACACUCUUGGGUUGCAUUUAAGCGGCAGUCAGCAAUGACAAUUAAUGUUCAGUUACAUGUAUUUUCAGGGAGAGCUUCGUCUUGCAAAAAUAAUGGAACCUGAUGCAGAGUCCAAUGCCCCCCCAGGAGUCCCCAUUCCAUGGUGGCAUCAUGUAGAAUGCUUUAUUGAGAACCGCGAGUCACUGGGAGUUGAAAGCUCCGUAACAGCCGAGUCAUUUACUGGCUUUAGUAAUCUAAAGAAAGAAGAUAAAGACUUGUUGAAGGGUAAGCUUGGGUCUGGAAGAGGGAGAAAAGGGAAGGGAGGCAAGAGGAAAGCACCAGCAGUGGAUGAAACAGAUGCAAAAAGGACAAAGACAGUCACAGCAGAAGAAGAUGAGAUUCAAAAGCAGCUCAAGGUUCGUUGCCUACAUAGCUGGUGGGAUUCUUAUGUGUGGCAUUCUUUCUUGGCAGCGGAGGCACGAGGAAUUUUUGCAAUCUUCUUUUGCCUCUACCCCCCAAAAACACAACAAUGAUAGCAGUAGAUGGCUAAUCCCAUCAUCUAAAUGUACAUUGUAUGCAGAAUACAGUUUCAGGGGGUGCUAAUGGGCUUGAAUGUCUGCAAAUUUGGUGUUGCAGUUAAACCUCUCCACAACGGCCACCUUGACGACAAGAGAAAGUGGCCAUUAUAAAGAGAUGGCCAUUGUAGAGAGGUUUAAACAAGAGUUAAUGUAUGGUUUAAUUGUCUCCUGGAACAAAUAAAGUGGCUGCUGUAGAGAGGUGGCUAUUGCAAAGAGGUGGUCGUCAGAAGAGGUUCAACUGUAUAACUAUAAAAUAUUUAUAAUACCGGUAAGUACAAACUGGCUAUACCCUAUGAAAGUUAGCCACCUUUUUGGUAUGCAAAGUUUAUAUAAAUAAAAAAUUGGGGGUAAAAUAUUUUCUGGAAGGAAUGACAACUUUAUAUGUAUGUUUUCAUUGAUUUUUCAUUUUGCCUUUAGUUUAAAUUUAUUUUUCCUUAAUUUUUUCCUUAAUUAUUUUUGGGUGUGUUACAUGUAAUAAGCAAAACUGAAUUUCAAAGACAGGAAAAUAAUAUUAAACCAUGACUUAUGUAACAAGUAAUAGUUCUUGUAAGUCCUAAUUUCUUUACAGAAUAUUUUACAAGUGUAGGUUCAUUUUUUAUCCUUCUGCUGCCCGACUAAUAUACCUGUACGUGUAGGAAAGUUGUGGUUGUUUGGUCAAAUACAUAAAGACCUCUAGAUUAAUACACUGUUUCUUUUUUAUCAGGAACAAAGUAAACUGUUGUGGAAAGUGAGGGAUGAUUUAAAAAAGAACUGUUCCCUACCAGAAUUGAGAGAUGUGCUGGAAGACAAUGGGCUGAGUUCACAAGGUGGAGAGAGUUCUGUAAGUUCAUAGAGUUAUUAUUUGCAACUACAUAAUAGGGGAUGUAUUGGUACAUUUUGAGAAGUACAGCUGUAGUUGUUGAAUUAAUAGUGAUCAUUUCUAAAAUUAUGUAUAUCAUGAUGGUUGACGCAAGCCUUGCUGCAGGGUGACCCGAAAACACUGACCCCCAGGGCUGUGCUCUAGCAGAGCCGGGUGGCCCCUGGCACCCAACUAUUGCUCUUGGGCAACCAGAAAAUCUCAAAUUUUUCAUACAAAUCAUAUGCUGGGCACCCUAGAUUUUACAGGUUCAGAGCGCUGGGCACCCUUCAAUUUUCCUUAGAGCACAGCCUUGCCCUCAGUCCAUGGACCCCCCUACAGACCAGAUCCACCGACCAUUUUAUGGACCGGUCCAUGGACCCCUCAAAAAAAAGACAACAAUAAAAAUGACAGUUAGAUAAUUGCCUCCUUCACUGUGGUGAUGAAAGGAGGACCUGUGUACUUCAAAAAAAGAACAAUAACUUAGCUAACUUGUGUAUUCGCUGCCGGCCUCUGAUUGCCUCUGCCAACCCAACAUUUUUCCCCAAGUGAGACGGCGGAUAACAUUAACACCCUCCAAGAUCUCCAUAAUUCUUCAGAUGAUAUGAAAGCCAAAUUCCAUAAUUAACAUUAUUAAUGAAUGAGCCUGAGUAUCUUAAGAAGAAUAAUAAUUAUGGAGAUCGAGGAGGGUGUUAUCCGUCGAUGCAGUAGGUUAAGGCGGAUAACACCCUCUGAGAUCUCCUUGAUUCUUAAUAAGAUACGAAAGCCGAAUUCAAUAAUUGUUUUAUUAUCCAUUCAAAAUAAUUCCUAUUUUAAAAACAAUAGCUAAAACGUGCUUACCUCCAUCAAUGUUAAGUUCAUCUUCAAUAGUGCACAUUUAAUGUUAUUCAGCUCCACAAAUAUUCUCCAAAUAGCAGAUGUCACCCUUCGAGUUAUCUUCUUGCUCUUCUUGCCAUGUUUUUAGCUAUUAUUUCGCCUAGUUCUUACUCUUGAAAUGAGUGAAAUGUCCGCUAUGUUUGUUUUCACAACCAAAACAACUCAACCUUUUCCCCAGGUCUUCUCCGUUAACGGUAAAUUAAACUGCAAGGAAGCUGCACUUUUGAUGUCAUCAGUUGAUUAAUCACAAAAUUCUUCCAAAUUUGGUCAUCGGUAGCUGGUUAUCGUGAAUUAUGGGUGUGCUUUUAGCCAAUCAGAAUCAGGGAAAUAUUUUGAAUGAAUAAUAAUAUUGUUUUAUUGUUGAUUCAAAAUAAUUAUUCAAUAAUUAUUCCUAGUUUAAAACAAGCUAAAACAUGCACACCUCCAUUGAUUUUAAGUUAAUUAAGUUGAUUUUAAUUCUCCAGAUAGCAGAUGUCAUCCAUCGAGUUGUAUAAUUGCUGUUCUUGCUAUAUUUUAAGCCACUAGUUCACCUAUUUCUUCCUCCCGAAACAAUUUUGUACUCACUACCUUAACAACUGAAACUCAUCCCCAGGUCUUCUUGGUUAACUGUCCAGUUUUCUGGCCAUUAUGCUGUAAAACUGACAUCAUUUUUCACAUAUCGCAAGCUUCUUCCAAAUUUGGUCAACAGUAGCUGGUUAUGAUGAAUAUUAUACUUGGGAUUUUUGUCAAUCAGGGACAGAAAUAUGUUGAAUGAAUAAUAAACUGUAUUAUUUAGGAACCUUAUUGAUUAAAAGUGAAAUUCUCAUUAUGAUAGGAAUGGUCGAGCAGGCCAGUUCUGACAAAACACUGUAUUCAUGUAUUGUGUAUGUCCUUGAAUUCAUGUUCAGUUUACUUUUAGGGACACUGCUGCAGACCAUUAUAUUUGCUAGUUCUGACCAUGUGGGCUGAACUUCUGCAGGAACUGUAAUCAAAUAGUACUUAAAGGAGCUGUGUCACGGCAGUCCAGUUCAUUUUGUUUCAUUUUGCCAAUUACUCGCCCUCAAUCGCUAUGGAACUAACGAGUAAGCAAAGAAUUUGCAUGUAAAUGACAAAAUCAGAGAUCCGAGACAAACAAAUAUGUCUCCUGAGCAUUAAUUUUGAAAUUGUAAGCAGCAGGGAUCAACUUUGAAAAACUGUUAGGCUGAACAGUUAAAAAACCCUAAUUUCAAUCUGUUUCAAUCUUCUUCACUUUUGCCCAUCCGCAUCUGUUGUUUCUGUUAUGUUAUUCAAACCUUCCUUUAAAGGUUUAAGCGGUUAUUUUUAUGUUUCUAUUAAUUUAACGGGCAUUUUGUAAUUUCCUAAUUUGGCUGAAUUCGUGACACAGCUCCUUUAAGGUGAAUUAAUGACAGUUUUGUUUGGUUUUUAAGUUGCUUGACAGAUGCUCUGAUGGAAUGACUUUUGGAAGACUGCUGCCUUGUGAGGAAUGUAAAGGUGGUCAGCUAGUGUAUAGGUUGGUAAAACAUAGUCUUAAAGAGAGUGAAAAACCAGUUCAUGUACAGCUGUAGUCCUGAUGUACGUGUGCAAUCAAUUAAGUAAACAAAAAAUUGAUAUAUUAAGCAGUCUGUCAAAGUGACAAUAACUGUUUCAUGAAGAGUUUAAGGCUUAAUCAGGUACCUCCAGGUCGAACUAUCCUUUUCUCGCUGCGUCCAAGUACCUACUAAAAUGUUCUUUUGCUCCAGGUUUCUUUUUACAAUGUCCUUGAAUCUUGGCCUAGUCCGUCCUUGAUUUCUCUUUCCAUCAUGCAACUGGUAAUACAACAGCUGCCUGGGAAUCCUGGCAAAGUCCAUCCUCUCUACAUGGCCGAGCCAUCUCAGGUUCAUGUGAAUUAAAAUAUCAGUCAUAGGUGGAAUGCCAGCAUUCUCCAGAAUCACUCUGUUUGGAUAAUGUUCAUUAUCUCCCUUAGAUGGCACAUCAUGUAGGCAUGUGCCUUCUUCACUUGUAACUGGUUUAUGGUCCUAGUCUCUGCACCGUAGGGGAGUGUACUGAGCACAACAGCGCAAUAUCAACAAUUGAUAACACUUGAUAAAAUUGAUGAAAUCCAUAAAAUUGAUAGCUUUAACAAGGAAAAAAGUUGUGACCAUCGAUUUCUGGUUUUUAUCGAUUGCACUUGUCAGGAUGCAGUAUAAAAAGGUUUAUGUUUAAGAUGGUAGUCUCCACUUGAGCCUGAUAUUGCAGGUAUAAUAUCCUGAAUUCUUUUGUAGAAUCAGUUUUGGAGGACAUGAGUUUUGAAUGACGCUUUUUGAGGGAUCCUCUUGGGUGAAAAAAGCAAACAACAAUAAGAAAAAAGUAUAAGUGAAGAGGUUCCAGGAGAAAAGCCCAAAGUGACCUCUGAUCUAAUGUUAGAUUCUCCUUGAAAAUAACUGCUCAUUUUCUUGUGAAACAUGGAGAGAAUUCAAUUUACUGAUUGUUAUUAUUAAGGGAAAUUCAAUUACUAAUUUUGCUUUAAUUGUGUUCAUACAUGUAGAACGGAAGGUUAUUGCUGUACAGGCAAUUUAACAGCUUGGACAAAGUGUACUUUUGUCACUAAGCAGCCCAAGCGCACUCAGUGGAAAAUUUCUGAUGAUUUGAAAGAUGGAUCAGAAUUUUUGUAAGUGCACCAGUGAGAAAUUUUCUCUAAGUACACUGUACCCUUCUUUUGCUAGGGUCACUGUGUUAAUGAUUAUACUGUAUGCUGUUUUCCCGAUGAUUUUAAAUAAAUGUGCAGUAUUUAUAUUUUUGUUUUAGGAAGAAUUUUAAGUGCAAGAAAAAAGAGAGAGUUUUUCCAAAAGUGUCUGCUGUGGCCUCAGUAUCAUCCAAGGUUGUCAAAUCAGAAGCUGUUAGUUCAAGGUAUGUGAUCAGCGUCCAUAAUUUGUAA